ACGCGACACAGUGAGAAACGCAUGGAAAACGAGAUUGCGCGGCAGGAUACGCUCCACGCAUAAAACUCUCCAGGACAGAACAAGUGCAGGAUAGAACCAAUCAUGCCGGCUUCUUCCCAAGUACAAUCGCAACUAGAAAGUGCCAUAGAAUCCAAUAUCCUCCUCGGCAAAUACCGACUUGUCCGCCUCCUCGGCUGUGGAUCCUCCGCUAAAGUCUACGAAGCCCAAAACCUUCUCGCCGGACAGAACGUGGCCAUCAAAUCCUUCAACAAAUAUCUUGUCGCCAAAAAAGACCUUUUUAACCACAUUAAACGCGAGGCCGCCAUCCUCCGCCGCCUCCGCCACCCAAACAUUAUCCGCAUCCAUGAAGUCCUUGCCUCCCGCACCAAGAUUCACUUCGUCCUCGAUCUCGCCAUGGGAGGCGAUCUCUUCUCCCGCAUAGCCUCCUUUGGCCGCUUAACCGAACACCUCUCCCGCCGCUAUUUCCGGCAGCUCAUCUCCGCCGUCGCUUAUGGGCACUCCCACGGUAUCUUCCACCGCGACCUCAAGCUUGAGAACCUCCUCCUCGACGAAAACUGCGAUCUCAAGCUCUGCGACUUCGGCCUCGCUGCAGCCCCUGAUAAGAAUCCCGUCGACGGGCUCUUCCACACGCUUUGCGGCACUCCGGCCUACGUUGCCCCAGAGAUCCUCACACAAAAGGGCUACCGCCCCGCCGUUGCCGAUAUAUGGUCCUGCGGCGUCGUUCUGUUCGCCCUGAACGCCGGUUAUCUUCCUUUCAAUGACACCAAUAUCGCGACACUGUACCGCAAGAUUUACCGCGGAGAAUACCGAUGCCCAAAAUGGACCUCGCCGAAUCUCAAACACCUCAUCGGUCGUCUUCUGGACACGAAUCCCGAUACGCGGAUCACCGUAAAUGAGAUUUUCCGUGAUCCUUGGGUUGCAGAAAGGAUCGAAGCAGGGGAAUGGGCGGCGAUGGAGAUUUUGCCGGAGGAUGGAAAGGUAUCAUCUAAGGCAGAAGAGUUGGAGGUUGAGGACAGGGAGCUAAAUGCUUUCGACAUUAUCGGAUUGGCAUCGGGAUUGGAUCUUUCGGGGUUAAUCGGAGAGAUGGUGGAGAGGGAACGGUUCGUAAUCAGCGAGGUGCCGGAGGCGGUGCUCCGGAGGGUGGAGGAGAUAGGGAGUGGGAAGGGGCUGGUGGUGAAAAGGAAAGGGAAGAAGGGGAGCGCGGGGAUGGCGGUGCGGGGUCAGAAUGGGGAUUUGGUGGUUGGGGUGGAAGUUUACCGGCUGAACCGAGAAUUGACUGUGGUGGAGGUGGAAAGGGGCGGGGCUGGGAAAGGGAGCGAAAUGUGGGCCGGUGAAUUCUGGCGGACAACACCGCCGCCGGCGACUUUUAGAUAGCCACUCGACAUAGUUGUGCAGCUUACCCCAUUACAUACUUGUGCCUAGAACAUCAUUCUUAUAUUUAACAUAUCUAACACACAAUGGAAAUUUACAUAUCUAACACACAA